CUUCAUUUUCUCAAUGGAAUGGUAUGACAGUAUCAUUAUUCACCGUACGAACCGGAGUGAAAGCCCGACCCAUUCCUUAUAUUCCAAAAUUUUUUCAAUCAGAGCCCACCAUCGUUUCUCGCUCAAUUGCUCUCCUUUGAUCGGACCACUCAUGGCGGAGAUUGAAGUUGAACUGAAAACAGCCCCUGCUGAUUUUCGAUUCCCUACAACAAAUCAAACCAGACAUUGUUUCACACGCUACGUUGAGUUUCACAAGUGCUUGGCAGCAAAAGGUGAAGAGUCUGGUGCAUGUGAGAAAUUUGCCAAGUAUUAUCGUUCUCUUUGCCCAGGUGAUUGGGUUGAGAGGUGGAAUGAACAGAGGGAGACCGGGACUUUCCCUGGGCCUCUUUGAUGUCACAACAGUGCCUUGGACGGUCCUUCUGUAACUUGAUUGCUCUUUUCAUUUCCUUCAAGUUAUUUACAAUGUCUUUCAUCUGAUCCUAGUGGAAUAAUAAGGCACCAAGUGAAUUUCCUUCUAGUUUUUUGAACAUUAAUCUUUUACUAUUGCUUGGAUUAUUUUGCUUCAGAACUUGAAAUGACUGGUGCCAUUUAUUAAUGUCUGAAUUUGGUUUGA